AUGCGUCACUUCAUACCUAUCGACAAGCUGGACGUCGAUACGAUGGUCGACGCGUUUGUCAACAGGGUGUUUUCACUCCACGGCGCCCCCGAGCUUAUCACUUCUGAUAGGGGAUCACAAUUUGUUUCACACUUUUGGCACUGUUUGACAGAGCGCCUGGGCUCCAGGCUGAAACCCUUGUCCGCGUAUCAUCCCUCCACGAACGGGCAGACAGAGAUCUUGAAUGCCGUGCUAGAGCAGUACCUCCGUAUCUACAUCUCGCUUGAUCAGGACGAUUGGGUAGACCACUUGCCUCUCACGGAGUUUGCUUCAAACAAUGCCGUCUCUAGUACUACGAAGUUUUCCCCGUUCUUCGCCAACUACGGAUGGAACCCAUGGAUCGGCAUCGAGCCUCCCUCACCAAGGCCCCCGAACUUGACCAGUGACGAGACGCGGGAAUGGGACAAAGCUGACAAGCACGCCGAGCUUAUGAAGGACUUGCUCAAAGAACUCUGUCAUAAUAUGGCUAAGGCACAGGAAGAUCACGCGCACUAUUCAAACAUUAAACGCGGUGACACCCCCGUGUACGAGGUAGGGGACAUGGUAUGGCUGAGCUCUGAGAAUAUCGUCACACAAAGACCGUCUAGGAAGUUGAGCAACAAGUGGCUAGGUCCAUUCGCGGUAUCACGAACGUACAAACGAGCAUGUGCUCUCGAGCUUGAUGGACAAUUCAACAGUAUCUUCCCUGUGUUCCACCAUUCACUUUUGCGACCCGUUGAGAAGCCGAGGACCCAAGAACAAGUCGAGAUUAACAAGGACUCCCAGGACGACCAGAAGGGCCUCAUCAUCGUCCCAGACGACAGGGGACGCCUCCAGAGGAAGUGGGUGUUCAACAGAAUAACUGAUAGCUUUCUGGAUGAGAAGGAAGGUCUCCAGUACCGGAUCGAGUGGCGGGAUGGGACCACAUCGUGGCAACCUGCUCGCAACCUCCAAAGAUGUCACUGGAUUAUUCACGAGUUCCACCGCAUGAACAAGGGUAAACCAGGACCCCCAUGGUGGUAUCACAAGAAGAAAGCCCUCGAGCAAAGGGACUGGCAUGAAAGAAAGGCUGGGAAUGAAUCAGAGUUAAGUGAUAACGAUUCGGAUUGA